AUGGCAGAGACCCUGGAAGAAUGGGCCCUCUUGGAGCCCCUUUGGGACAAGGCCAUCCAAUCACCGUUAUCCAUCAUGUUGGACGAAAAACAUCAGAUACUGGAAUGGCCCGCUAUGACAAUAAUGCAGGCCAACGCCCAAGAAUACUUGAACUUCUCGGUUGACGAUCUUUUCCACAAAGCAGCCACAAAUCCGGAUUCCCUUACCUACCCAGAGUGUCGUCUCAUGGAUAAUGACUUUCGAAUCAUGAAGCUGCUAGAUCAAGUCAAGUAUUCCAACGAUCGCAUGCGGUGGGGAGUCGAGCGGCCCGAUCUCAUCGAAAAAGAAAUCAGGCACGUGCUAUUGGAUGAGAAACUCCCUUUUGCAAAGCAGAGGGCACAUUUUGCUGCUCUUCAGGCGAAGCGGAAGCCUCUCGCAAUGCCUCGGGGGUGGAUACAGAAUGUACUCGAGCAGGAAGGUGAGAUGAAAACCUUCGGCUUUGUGAUCUACCACCCUAAGGUUCAGGACAAAAAUAUAUGGGAGAAGUUCCGGGAGAAAUUUGACGAGAUCCUUGACGAACCCAUGUUCUCGGCGGACGGAUUUGAUCUAAUCGAAGAUUUCAAAGUAGCGGAAUUCGUUGAGUCCGAGAUUCCGAACCCAGACAAUUUGGAUAUUCCCAGAGAGAAAUUCCGCAACCUUCGGACAAGGAAGGACUUGAAACCAGGACUCUUGUCCAAUGUCUUUUUGCUUGCAUCAAACGAUGCCUGUGAAUCGUACAUGAUAGGACGACAAAAAAGCUAUCUUAAUGCAGUUGAUCCUGACUGGUCUCAAACUGGUAUUGACGAAGAUGGUUACGAUGGACGUGUCAAAAUCAGCGCCACUCAAAUCUUCUAUCGGUUUUACGAAUUCAUGUCAACAAGAGAGUUUACAUUGAAAGAUAUCUGGCACGAUUUCCACCAGGUCAAUCAAACUCAAACCAUUCUACCCGGUCCACUUGUUGCUUGGCAUCUCACAAAUCUUGACAAGCCUGCUCGUGCUUGGCCUGAUGCAUGA